CAGGCCCCCAGGCUCCAGGGCAGGCUACAAGCGACGGGCUACCUCUGGGUGAAUCACUGCUCAAUACUGGCCGUAAUUCACUUGGCUUAGCUGUAUAACUACCUGUAUAAACACCAGGUUUCUCCUUUAAACUAAACAUUCUCACCUUCUCGAUCUCAUAUCCGUCGCCAAAUUCAGUUGCAACUCGUUCCCCUGGAUUUAAACUUCACGUCCCGCCAAGAUGCCUUCCAUGCGUAAGAUAAACAGAACCCUCAGAGCUCUAGGUUACAAAAACCAGGAAGAGCUUUUUCAAGAGGCCAAAAGAGACUUCGAGAGAGAACUUGCAGAGUAUAACCAGAGUCUGGUCUCUGAGCGCACCCAUAAGCCCACUGAACCCCUCAAGGAUCGGCCUACUGAAUGCUUCGGCAAACCAAAGCAAGAGAUCCAGGACCAUCCCCAUGACCGAAAGGCAAUUCACGAAGACCAUGCCAAGAUCACAAUCUCUGGAGAGGAAGCCAGCAUCAAGGCCGAGAAAGACAAGUCGAUGAACAUCGGGAAGAAAAGCACAGAGAGAAAGGACUCGAAGGACAAAGAGAUUUAACGUUGAGGGAUAUGGAAUAUAAAGAAAGGUUGAUUCGCCGCGGCCGGUUGGAGCUACUUGAUCGCUCUUAAUUUGAGAUUCCUCAUUAAAUCUGCACCGUGCUCGCAGAUAGAGAGAUACUGGCCGCAAUUGCUGAAAGAAGAUAUUAGCUAUUGAGAAAUGGCCAACUCUACACACUUUGCC